CUGCUGACGCGUCCUUCUCACUGGGGUUUCCGACGAAGGGUCCGAAGCGCACCUUCCUAAUACCAACCACCAUAUUUGUGUGUUGACACAAGACAAAUGGCAAAAGUACCCCGUAGUUUUCGCUUGCUUGACGAAUUGGAAAAAGGAGAGAAGGGUCUUGGAGACAGCUCCUGUUCAUACGGUUUGUUCAAGGCAGACGAUAUUACAUUGUCUGAUUGGAAUGCUACCAUUCUUGGACCUGGUCACAGUGUUCACGAGAACAGAAUUUAUUCCUUAAAACUGCAUUGCGGUCCCAUAUACCCCGACGAGCCUCCCAAGGUCACAUUUAUUUCGCGUAUUAACUUGCCUGGAGUAAAUAAUACAACUGGUGAAGUUGAUCCUCAUGCAAUUCACUGUCUUAAAAACUGGAAGAGAGAGUACACUAUGGAAACAGUUUUGGUUGAGCUUAAGAGAGAAAUGGGCAGUCCAGCAAAUCGCAAGCUUCCUCAGCCUCCUGAGGGAAGCACCUACUAAACAUCGGAUAUAACUUUUGUUAAGAACCUACUUGAACCAAUCCCACGAUGACUUUUCGUUGGCGUACGCUCUACUAGGUCGAUUAGUCAACAGGACGAUUUGUUUUGUUGGUUUGCUUAGUUUUAGUUUCUUCGACGUUUUAUAGAUGCAUCGGUCAAUUCCUUCAACGCACUUGCGGAGCUUUAUCCACCCGACCUGUUAACGAAAAACAUCCCGCCAAUCUUGCUGGAGGUUUGGACAAAAGGCAGUAAGUUCUUCCCAGCUUCGAUCACGCACAAUGUUCUCGACUUGUCGUUCGUUGGCUAUCACACUCAAGAGUGCUGUCGUAACCGAUUCGUCAACAGCCUGUGACUUGGCGUACGGAUCCAGUCGCUCCGGGGUAGCACUUGCUUCUGCGACCGGCUUUGGAGUCCGUUGGUGAACAGCUUCUGACUGGACAAUGUGUUCGCAAGUGUCUAGUAGCUGUGUUCGGGAGAGCCAUGAUGCGAACAGUUGCUGUUGUACGUCUAAACAGCGUUUGUCGCGCUCCUCCUCAGAUAUUCCAAUUAGCUCUUUGCUUCGACUGUAUUCUCGAACGUUGCUCGAGUUGAGGAGAAUGCGAAUUGAGUCGUCGAUGUUGCGAGCGACUCUAAGCGUGUCUACAUGAGAACAAUGUUAUUAACCGUCAGUUCCAAAUUCCACAGAUUCCCUCCUAACACAAUCUACAACACAACAAUUGUUUUUCUUCCAAUUAGUUGCUGCCGCGCACAGCCCAUCGACGUGACGCGUUUAUGCAUCCGCAUAUCGCAGACACACAAAUCCAAACACCUCCUUCCUUCUCUAUCGUCCUCACAUACUCUUCAGUUCCUUGAGGUCUAGGCAAAGUCUCCGAGUCAGUGCCGGAAUCUCUUUCUGUGUCGAGUUCGACAAGUUAUGUCCCAUGUGUGCUACACACUUGAUGCUACAACUCCCUCCUGUGUGGGGCUUUUGAGUUUCGUCGUAAGAGGAGCACUGAUGCUUUUCCGUCUCGCCCUGGUAGAAGCCAACACGCGCGUGAGGGUGCGUACUCUGGGUGGUCGUUUUAGUAAUCACAUGACGUUAGAGUUCGCCUCCACGGGUGUGAUGAUCGACACGUGUAGUUCACAGGGGUGUACGAUGGAAAAAUGAAUAUCAAAUAGAACAGUGAGCUUUAAGAC